AUUUAUCUUGCAGGCGGCAGCGGAGAUGGCAACCUCGCUGGAAACGCGCGGGGGAGCCUGAGCCGGCAGCCGGAGACGCUCUGCUCGGCGUGCUCCAUCGCCCCGCCGCCUCGCAGACCCUCCAUCUUCCUGCUCAGUUCCGGGCCAGGCUAGCCCCGGCCCCCGGGGUGGGGUAGGGGGGGUGGCUCCCGCUUCUCCUGGGGCUCCAGGUCGUUCCCCACCCCCUGCCCUCCGCGACUCAACUGCCUGGGUCCCCCCCCCCUCCCCCGCCACACACACUCACACGCGCCCGCGAGCACACACGCACGCACACACACACACACACACUCACACGCCAGCAGGCUGCUGGCCGCUCAAUGGACCGAUUUCCCCGGUUUCCCUGAACCCAGCUUAGCCCGGGAUGAGAAAUUGCAAAAUGGCCCGAGUCGCCAGUGUGCUAGGGCUGGUCAUGCUCAGCGUGGCCCUGCUGAUUUUAUCGCUUAUCAGCUACGUGUCCCUGAAAAAGGAGAACAUCUUCACCACUCCCAAGUACGCCAGCCCGGGGGCGCCCCGAAUGUACAUGUUCCACGCGGGAUUCCGGUCACAGUUUGCGCUGAAGUUUCUAGACCCGUCAUUUGUGCCCAUUACGAAUUCUCUCACCCAUGAACUCCAAGAGAAACCUUCUAAAUGGACAUUUAAUCGGACCGCGUUUUUACAUCAAAGGCAAGAAAUUCUUCAGCAUGUCGAUGUAAUAAAAAAUUUUUCUUUGACCAAGAAUAGUGUUCGGAUUGGACAACUGAUGCAUUAUGACUAUUCCAGCCAUAAAUAUGUUUUCUCUAUUAGCAAUAACUUCCGCUCACUGCUCCCAGAUGUGUCCCCCAUUAUGAAUAAGCGUUAUAAUAUUUGUGCCGUGGUUGGAAACAGUGGAAUCUUGACAGGGAGUCAGUGUGGGCAAGAAAUAGAUAAAUCAGAUUUUGUUUUUCGAUGCAAUUUUGCCCCUACGGAGGCUUUCCAAAAAGAUGUUGGGAGGAAAACCAACCUCACAACCUUCAACCCCAGCAUCCUGGAAAAAUAUUACAACAAUCUUUUAACCAUUCAAGACCGUAACAACUUCUUCCUCAGUUUAAAAAAGCUCGAUGGGGCCAUUCUUUGGAUCCCUGCAUUUUUCUUCCACACUUCUGCAACCGUAACCAGAACGUUAGUUGACUUCUUUGUUGAACACAGAGGUCAGUUAAAGGUCCAGUUGGCUUGGCCUGGAAAUAUAAUGCAACAUGUCAACAGGUACUGGAAAAACAAACACUUGUCACCCAAACGACUGAGCACAGGCAUCCUUAUGUACACUCUUGCAUCUGCAGUCUGUGAAGAGAUCCACUUGUAUGGAUUCUGGCCUUUUGGAUUUGACCCCAACACAAGGGAAGAUCUUCCAUACCAUUACUAUGACAAAAAAGGAACCAAAUUUACCACCAAGUGGCAGGAGUCUCACCAGCUGCCUGCUGAGUUUCAGCUGCUGUAUCGGAUGCAUGGUGAAGGGCUCACCAAGCUCACUCUGUCACACUGUGCCUAAGAACUCCAAACGGAAAGUGCCAAAUGGCUGUUUUAAAAGUGCCCCCCCAAACCAAAUUGAAUAGUCUCCAGAAUAGAACCCCAAAGACAAUCUGGCAAAGCUUGUCUGCCACUUACACGGAAGGAUGCCUUCUCUUCCUCCUCUGCACUGCUCUUUAAAUGGUCUUAGCAGACUUAGGACCGGUGCAUUGAAGCCACGUGAGUUAGACUUGAUUGGUAAAGGUGAUACUGCAUUUGGAAGCACGCUGCACAGAGAAUGGCUUGAAAUAGCUGAACGUUUGUAUUUUAAUAAUAAACUGACUCCCAUGUGGAUGAGCUGUCAUCUCCUCCAUGGCUGUCCUCUCUUGAGCCCUACUCCGAUACGGUCCUCAUAAUCAGAGAGUUCAAGCCAGCUUCAGCAGGAUCUCUUUUGCCAGGGGGAUCAGAGUCUUCAAAAACAAAAAAUAAAAAUCUGGUUUGCAGGUUGCAUAUCUUCUCUCUCUCUCUCUCUCUCUCUCUCUCUCUCUCUCUCUCUCUCUCUCUCUCCCCUUCCCUCUCACGCCCCCACACUGAUCCUGUUGCCCUAGUACCAUUGAAUUUAAUAAUUUGUUAGGAAUAAUUCUGGAUUAACUUUGCUUGUAUGUGUUUGCAUCUGUGCUUGAUGUGUUCAAGACUAUGGGUAACUUUGGUGUUUCAUGACAAACUGAAAAAAUUAUGACUUCCUUCAUGAUGAAUUCUAUAGAAAAUGUCUCUUAACAAGGCCUCACUUGUCCAUACUGUUAUUCUACAGUAGGGUAGUCUAUCUGGGUAGAGUGGCAUAUGGUACAGUGCCUCUUUUUCUGUCACAAAGAAAGUCCAUACUGUGGCUGGCUUGAGUACAAUUGUGGGAGAUCCUACAAGGACCUUCUAGCCUAGGCCUUCAACUGUCUCAUUUCAAGCACUGGGCUGGGCACUCUCAGAACAUAGAGGUACUUUGUUGAUUUAAAAGCCUGGGGAAUAUGAAGAAAAGAGACGUAUGUUUGCAAGCUAAAUACUCUAUAAAGUGUUGUGACCAUUUUAGAAGCACAGCCUUGUGAUGGAAGACAAACUAGAGCUUUGGCCAGGCUGACCCCUGUGUGACUAAUGUUAGCAUUAGUCAGGUCAGAUCCUUUCUGUGACAUCCCCACAAACAACCAUCUAGACCUGCUUGGUUUCCUUGAGACAGUUGUAGAUAUUAUUCUCUGUCUCCACUGAAAUCAAGUCUGUGUGCCUAUACAUCGAGCAUUUCACACACACACACACACACACACACACACACACACACACACACACACACACACAAAGCCAUUAUGCAGUGGCGAGACUUGGUCCUAAAUAACCUUUGGAAUCUGAGAUCAGCUGGCCAUUGUUCUCCUUGCUUCAGCUGCAUCAGGAGAAAUCACAUCUCUCCCAUCCCAGGCUUUUACACUGAGCAGUGCUUUGUUCUUCCAAUUCAACCCAAAGUCUGGCCAAGUUGAUGUUAAAUUUUAAUAAGAGUUUCUUUCCUCUUUCCAAGUGCCUGUGGAGCACAUUUGUUUUAUGUUCCAGUGGGGCAACUCAUUCUUUUCCAGAAAUCUCAUCUAGGUUGCUUAUAGUGUUGUAAAUCCCUUUGAAAAUCGUUAGUUCAGUUGUCAAUGCACUGCCCCUCUUUGGGAAAAAACAAGCAUGACUAAAAAGAAGUGCAAUAAGGAGACACACAGUUCUUAUGCUUAUGUACCGACUGGUCCUGAAGCUGCACUGUUCUUUGGGAGAAGCUAAAUCUGACCCAGAUACAAUCUAAUGCAAGAAAACAAUUCAGAUCCCAACACAGUACCAACCGUGGCACAGCUUACACCCUGUGAAUGUCAAUCAUUCAAACAGAUGAGAGGAAAUAGAGGUAAAUAUUUCAAAAUAAGAAGCACUAACUAUACACAGAAUAAUAAGGAAAUUAAAAUUAUGUGCUAUUUAAAAAAAAACCUUUAAAAUUCAAUGAUAAUUUCAUGGACGUGAAAACUAGGCCAUGACUGUGCCCUCUCACUUUAAACCACACCAUGGCUGUGCCCUCUCACUUUAAAGGGCAUGGGAUACCAUGCAGCUACUGUCCUGCCAUGAUGGGUGUGGGUUAUGGAGAGACUGAUAGCUGACAGAAUUGCAUCUGUUAUCAUCAGGAUUGAAAGGCUUGGCUAUUCCUGAGCACUUAGUUCGUUUGACUGCAGUUCAGGGAUAUUAAAUCCAAGAUUAUCUAGGCUGGCUUCUAACUCCGGAGCUUUAAUCUCAAUGUGCCCAUUAGACCUUACUAAAUAGAAAUUGGGACUCUGCACCGGACAAGAUGAAGUACCAAAAGACCAGAAAAUCCCCAAACCUAGUUUAUUGUUCCAAGAUAGUCUAUUUCAAUUUGAUCUCAUCAGAAUGUUCUGAGGUUUGUUUGUUUUUAAUUCGGGGAGACUUUUUAAAUCUUACUACAGCCUUGCUCCCUAACUUUAGACUAAGAAACCCUUCCUGUCCUCUACUGUCCCUUCCACUAUAAAUAUAGGAGUUCAAAAUCGUAAGAAAAUGGACUUAUCUUGGGCUCAGAAGGGCUUGGAGACUAGUUCAACCCUGCCUCUAGGAAGGAUUUCUUGAGCUGAUCCUCACAUCCUGCUUAUAAUAUAACAACAAAUAAUAAUGAAUUACCUGAAAAAGAUUCCAGGCCCUCCUAUACUAUUCAACCACAAAUUUACACUUUUAAAAAUUCCUUUACACCCAGGUGGUGGUGGCACACGCCUUUAAUCCCAGCACUCGGGAGGCAGAGCCAGGAGGAUCUCUGUGAGUUUGAGGCCAGCCUGGUCUACAGAGCGAGAUCUAGGACAGGCACCAAAACUACACAGAGAAACCCUGUCUCAAAAAAAAAAAAAAUCCUUUACAAUGUAAAUCUCUCCAAUUGUAAAAAAACCUUGGGUACAAAAUGUUGGCAGAAUAUUUAUUGCAGUUUUCCCUGUAUAGUAAAAGCCUUUCUGGCUAUUUUACCAUCAGCCAUACCCUUGACGUGCUAAUCCAAUGGUUUGGAAAUGCAACCAUCAGCCGAUCCUACAAAAUCUCUCUGUUUUCCAAGACGAUUUCAAACUGUAACCACUGUCAUGAUGGGAAGGUUUCCUUAUCAGAAAGGCAGCCAGAAUUUGUCGUCUCUCCCACAGUCCCCAGGCUUGUAGACUCAAGUGCAGUGGACAGAGCAGAGGGACCAUUGGGCCUCCUGUCUGUGCAGCUACACAGUCACACCCCUGCCCCUCUACGUUGGCCUCACUUGGUUGGGUCUGUUUAGUUAGUUAUAUUCUUUUGAUAGAAACAUUCUCAUUUUUUUUGGCUACUUAGAACAGAGUACACCAUUGGCUAUGUGAAUAAAUUUCACCAUAAAGCCCCCAAGGAUGUCUGAGAAUGACUAAUUAAGCUGCAGAGGAGAAAAGGAAACCCACAAACCCUCGGCAGCCUGUUCAUCGCUAGACUUUUGGUUUCAUCCAUUGUUCUAAAGUGUCAGGUGGAUAAUUAUUGGAGAAGUUAUCAUUUCACAUCUUAACCUUAUCAGGAUCGAAGACAAACUCAAAGGAGAACAAUUUGGGUCUAGAAUCUUUGGGAUACGAACGUAGCAGUGAAGGGCUGUAAGGGAGAAAGGGGAAAAGGUUACUAAAUCCACCUGCUCAGGUACACAGCAGUAGAGGAGACAUUUGCCCAGUACACAGCCGUCUGCUGAAAACCACCCACUCCCCCUUGAAAUAAGAGAAAAACCGCUUGUUACAUCAUUGUCUCAUAAAUCCCAGUUCAGUUAUUGAUGGUGUAUCACUGACAGCUGAAAGCAUACCUGAUAAUAUAUUCAUCUUAAUAAAAUCUUGUUUUAAUAAUGUGUAUGCAUGAUUUAGAAGUUGAAGGCUGGAAGUGACUGUGUGCUUUUCCUUGUAUAUAACUUCCAGCAGGGGCCCCUUGAGUUAAGAAAUGUUUUCCAUGUUGUAAGUAAUUUCAACAACAGUCUUUGAAUUGUUGUAUUAGUUUAAUUCAUUAAGAUUGUACAAAGAGAAGUGAAUAACUUCGACGGUUCUUCAUUCCUUUCAAAUGGCAUUCUGAGGACUUUUCUGUAUAGUUCUGGGUCCUCAAAGCCUUAUUUCUCAUAACUGCUUGAAUGCAUCAGGCAAACAUUUGCUUAGCUUCUAUUACUUCCCAAAUGUGGAUGACUGACCUUUUGACUACAGAGUCACGGCUGUGUGUGUGUGUGUGUGUGUGUGUGUGUGUGUGUGUGUGUGUGUUUGAAGAGCGCUGAUGGGACACCACAGGCGCUGAGAAUAGAGGGCGUCUUGGCCAGUUCAUCUAGGCCACUUUAUCUGUGGACCAUUUACUCAAGGCCACUCAUGAGUUGACGCCAAGGACCAAAAUGACUAAUCCUGCCUCUCUUGCACUCUGGCUGCUUUGCCACAAAAAUCUAACGCUUCAAAUGGGAAAUGUUUUAGGAUGUUAUUGUUUGCUAUGUAAUAUUUCUGAACAUUUAUUUUUAUUGUGAUGAUUUGUUGAAGAUGUGUGUAAUUGAAUAGAUGCUUUAAUCCUU